AUGGCGUCAUCCCAGUCCUCCUCCUCGUCUAUCCCCCUCGGGGCUGGACCGGAGAAUCAGAGUUCCCUUCCCCAGGUUGACACUCUAAUCUCCUAUCUAUUGGGGGCUAAACGAUCACUCACUUCCAUCAAUCAUGUUUGGCGAGCCAAUGAAAUAGUCACGGCCUCGCAUGCGGCCCUGGAGGAGAGUGUAACCGUGUGUUCCCGGACGGGUUUUCUGCGCCGAGGGCUCAAUAGUCAGCUCCGACUUCUUUACGACGUUCGAACCGAGGUCGAGCAGAUCUCAUACCGAGGUCGUGAUGAAUUCUCAAUAGCCUUGCAGGAUCUCGAUGCUGCGGAUGCUCGGCUCAAAAACACCCUGAACUUACUGCGUGAGACCAUUGUCCAUGCAUCAUUCAGACCCGGUGAUGAAGAAGAAAAAAGUCUACAUGACUUUGUUGAUGAGCGGGGAAUUGAGGAAUUACACGCCUCUCUGAAAGCCUCAAUCGACCGCACUAACACAGCACGAGCCGAGUUGGACAUCUCUAACCGUGAAUUCGAUGACGAGCUUGCAGCAACCAGGCAGUCGCUUCGUCACUUCCACACCGCCACCAAAUUGGCGUCAUCCCGUCUCUCGAUCACAUCUUCUUCUUCCUCUACGUCUGACUCCGGCCUGCUUACUUUGUCAUCAAUACCAGGCCAGAUCCAAUCAUUGGAGGCUCACGCUCAGGAGAUGGCCGUUCUUCUUGAAGCAUUGGUUCGGCAUUUUGAUCUCUGCGUGACCGCCGUAAAGCACACCGAUGGCGGAGGCGCAGUCGCACGGUCCAUCACCGGUGAUAUGCCCACAGGCGCUGACGGCAGCAACGACGGGAUGCCCAACAUUGGGGCAGAAAUCAACGCCCAUCUCAACGCUCCCCUCGAUCCAAUGACAGAUGCUGAAUACCAGGAAAUGGUGACUGUCUUGAUCAAGGAUGCCCCAGAGGCGGAGGAUGUCGUAAUUGAAAUCCAAGAUCGUAUCACUGAGAUGGAGUCUAUUUUUGAGCACGUGCAAACCCAUCGCGAUGUGCUACUGUCUAUUUCCAAGGCAACAAUCGAAGUUCACGGACACCUCUCUUCUCUCGCCUCCAAUGGCCUCCCUCGUUAUAUCUCUCAGGCACACAACUUCACCCGUGUAUGGCACGAGGAAAACGAUCGCAUUAACUCUGGCCUUGCAGAACUUUCUGACUUACAUUCUCUCUACGACGGGUUUCUCAAUGCCUAUGAUAGCCUCAUGCUCGAGGUAGCGCGCCGACGUCAUGUCCGACAACGCGUGGAAAAGGUGCUGAGAGAGACCAGGCAUAAGCUAGACUCGCUCCACAAUGAAGAUGCUGCUGCUCGUGAUGCUUUCCGUGUGGAGCAGGGUGAUUACCUCCCCUCGGACAUAUGGCCUGGAGUAGGCCUUGCGCCUAUGCAAGUACAGUUCCUACGGCUCGCAGGUGGACAUCUUGACGGUACCCCUGCCGCUGGAGAUGUGCCCGAGGAGGAGGAUCAUCACCCCGCCGGAGCCAAGGCCGGAUCUCCUGAAACCCAACUUCAGGACGAACACAUCCCCGAUCUGCCCAGAGACCUCAUAGAACAAGCUUAUGCUAGGAUCAAGGCGAGGAACAAGUCUGCUUCUCAGGCGCACGUACCGUGA